GUGUGACGCGUGUCUCUUGCUACGGUACGCCAUUUGUGUCUAGCAACAAAAAGCGCGGACGGCGGAAAGAUUAGCAAAUUCGAAGAGGUGCUUAAGUCAUCUUCAACUCGAGUCAUUGUCAGAACUUUACGCAAACAUAGCAAGAAAUGCUAUAGAUAAGAAACACAUACAUCAGAAAAGGAGGCUCCUUUUGGACAAAAUGCCAAAAAACGGGCAGCCCGAUGAUGUUGAGAUGGAGGAUGCCAUAGCCAACUCAACUAUGAAGCCUGAAAAUGAGGAAGGGGAAGCCACCCGGAAGCUGCAGCCAGACUCUGUGACUGAAGAUGCUAAUACAAUAUGCACUGUUUGUGACUUUUCAGCAAAAUGCCUGAGAUCACUGAAGAUUCACUAUGCAAGAAAACAUAAAAAUACAAAAACACCUGAGAACAGUCCAAACCUCUCAGAUGACAAUGUAGGAGAUGUUCAAAAAGAGAUCGGCAUGGAGACAGAAAGUGCUGCUGACGUUCUUGAGCCUGAUGAGCCAAGCUUAGCUUUCCAUGGUGAUGGUUCAAGUAGGAGUUUUCUGAUAUCGGAUAAGGAGGCAACUCAAGAGAGAAGAGUUAGCAAACGAACCCCAAAACCAAAGAUUAUCUAUUCAUGCAACUACUGUGGACAGGAAUUUAGGGACCAGUCUCCUCUUGAUGUACAUAUCCAGAGAUACCACAGUAAAGACGCCCCAUACACAUUUGGUGCUGAAGAGACCAUGGGUGAAGAAGAGGAGGCUGAAGACACAGAACGUGCUUUAAAGAUAUCUCCUCCAGAAGUGAUGCUUAAACGUCCGAUGAGCAGAAUUCAGCUGAAGUGUGCAAACUGCGAUUUCAAGGUUUUCACACUUUCCUUGCUGGAGAGCCAUGCUCGUGUCAAGCAUCCCGACCUGGAUUGGUACCGCUGUAAAUUAUGCAACUUCUUUUCUGCUACAUAUGAAUGGAUGGACAGACAUCUUAGCUCAGACACCCAUAAGGAACAUCUCAGAAAGCAGAAUAGUGAAGAGUCUUCUUCCACUGAUUAUGUUGAGAGGGUAAGCAAAGGAAAUGGAGGUGGAGAUGACUUAGCUGUUGGGGUCCAGGGAUCACAAGAGGCAAUGGAAGCUGCUCAGGCUGUUACAGAAGAAGAAGAUGAUGAUUCGGAAACUAUAAAACGGAGAAGAGGGAGACCAAAACAUGUGUCUUCAACCAAAUGUGGUUAUUGUGGCUUAAUUGUAUCUAAUGCCACCAACCUCGGUGUCCAUGUCCGUCGUAAACACAGCAAGGAUUAUCUUUACCGGUGUACUGUGUGCAACUAUAGCUGUGUCACCAAAGGGGACAUAGAUCGUCAUUGUAUCACAAAGAAACAUAUGAACCGUGUGCAACAGUGUGCAAACAACAGCCCCGCCAAACAUCUAGAAAGCAGUUCACCUCAGGAACCCACAGAUACACAAUCUUCAGAACCAAAUGAAACCUCAGAGAAAAGGGAAAUGCAGCAGGACUCAGAAGGCUCCAAAGAACAGAGCGAAGAUGAUCUAAUACUGCCACACUCAAGCUCAAAGGAUGGCCAAAAUGACCGUGUUACUUGCAGCCACUGCGAUUUUGUAGCUCACUCUGUCUCUUCCCUCCAUCUUCAUGUAAACAGAAAGCAUGCAAAAGGCUUUGAAUAUGCCUGUUUGGCCUGCAAAUACUACGCUUUAACAAGCAAGGAAAUGUCCCGCCACGCCAGCACCGAGAGACACAAGGAAAAAAGCCAGAGUUACCUGGCAUCGCAAGAAAAUGGUGGUCAAACAUUCAGUAAAUCUGAACAUUUUUGCCUCACUGAAGAAUCAAAGCUAAGUUCGGAACAAAGUCAGGACACAGUGGCACCUUCUGUCAGUAUGGAGCCUGUUGAUGCUGCAGACAUCUUAACUAGCACAGCAGAGAAGGAAGCAGGUAGCAUUAGAUCUGCCACUGGUGAUGAUCAAGAUUCAACGGACUGUACAGUGAGACAAACAGUCGAGUCAACAGCAGAAAUUGAUUUAGUAGUGCAACAGUCUCCGCAAGAAAGCCAAGAAGUUGACAAAGACAUUGGAGGGAUGAGCCCAGAAAAUAGCUCUCUGUCGGUUCCAAAACUAUCCACCGCUUUAUCUUUUGAUGCUUCUAUUGUGUCUGUAAAAGCCCUCGCUGAGCAGGAGCAGGCAACGUUGAAGAAGCUUGCCCUGGAAGGCGAGGCUGCUGUUAAAUGUUUGACAGGAGAAGCACCAGAAUCCUCUGCGCUCCUGUCGCAUGUUUAUAUUAAGACGUUCGAACAGAAAGAAAGGAAGAAAAAGAACCAUGCUAACUUGAGCAGCACCGGAAUCCGCUGUGAUGAUUGUGGCUUUUUGGCAGACGGCCUCAGUGGUCUGAAUGUCCACAUUUCAAUGAAGCACCCGACCAAGGAUAAGCCUUACCAUUGCAUGGUGUGUGGAAAGUCCUACUACACCGAGAGCAACCUGCAUCAGCACCUGGCCAGCGCCUCCCACCUCCGAAAUGAGCAGAACAGCCUUGAAGAACGACUUGAAGGUGGAGCGUGCUUCAAAUGCACAAAAUGCACGGACCGCUUCAAAACGGAACAAGAUCUGUUUACCCACAUCAAAGAGAAACACGACGAGCUGCUAAGACAAGUUAACAAAUUUGUGCUGGAGGACACUGAACAGAUCAACCGCGAACGGGAAGAGCACCAAGGCAACGUUUGCAAGUACUGCGGAAAAGUGUGCAAGAGCAGCAACUCCCUGGCCUUCCUGGCACACAUUCGCACGCACACAGGAUCCAAGCCCUUUCUUUGCAAGAUCUGCAACUUUGCUACUGCUCAGCUGGGAGAUGCCAGGAACCACGUGAAGAGGCACCUAGGCAUGCGAGAGUACAAAUGCGACAUCUGCGGAUGGGCGUUCGUGAUGAAGAAACACCUCAGCACCCACCUGCUUGGAAAACAUGGAAUCGGCCAGCGUAAAGAAAGGAAGUUCGAUUGCAAGUUGUGUGAGCGCUCCUUUAGUGAAAAAUGGGCCCUAAACAACCACCUGAAACUUCACAGUGGCGAGAAACCGUAUAAGUGUUCCUGGCCGUCCUGUCACUAUGCCUUCCUGAACCUGUCAGCCAUGAAGGACCAUUAUCGGACACACACUGGUGAAAAAAAAUUCCUCUGUGACCUGUGUGGUUUUGCUGGAGGGACACGACAUGCUCUUACCAAGCACAGACGCCAACACACAGGAGAGAGACCCUUCAAAUGCAAGCUUUGUAACUUCGCCUCCACCACGCAGUCCCACCUAUCAAGACACAAUCGCGUUCACACUGGGGAGAAACCAUAUCGCUGCCCCUGGUGUGACUACAGAUCUAACUGUGCUGAGAACAUCCGUAAGCACAUCCUCCAUACAGGUAAACACGAGGGGGUGAAGAUGUACAACUGUCCAAAAUGUGACUAUGGCACCAACUCUCCCAUUGAGUUCCGCAACCACCUGAAGGACAGCCACCCUGAUAUUGAAAAUCCAGACCUUGCUUACCUUCAUGCAGGUAUCGUGUCUAAGUCCUUUGAGUGCCGCCUUAAGGGCUUUGGGGCGUCUUUUGUGGAGACCGAGGACCUGAGCUCAACCGUGGCCAGGAAGAUCAGCGAUGACGGACCCGUCCAGCAAGUCAUCAUCAUUCAAGGCUACAACGAAGAAGAAGUGGCCAUCGACCAGACCCUGGAGGAGUCUGCUGCAGCCACCCUGCAGACUCUGGCCAUGUCCGGCCAGGUGGCAGGGGUGCUCCACAUCACAGAAGACGGACAAGUCAUUGCUUCAGGUAGGGAAGCGGCGUCCGCAGGGACCCAGCUCGCCGUGGGGAGCACCCAGUACGUGGUGCUGGCAACAGGCGAGGCGGGCACUCAGCUUCAGGCUGCAUCGAGAGGAGGAGAAGGCGCCUCUGAAGCUGCCGGACAAAGUCAUAUUUUGUCCGAGCGGUCCACAGCUCUGGACGCUCUCCUUAGCGCUGUCAGUAAAAUGGGCCAUCAGGAGAAAAUGCAAGGAGAGGCAUCGGUCGCCCACAAGACCGCCAGCCCUGAGACGGACCAGCCUGUGCAGAGUGAAGAGCAGUCUGUGGUCAAACAGGAAGAAGAGACGGAAGCCGGUAGCGAGAAGAGUCAGGAAGAGAUGAAGAAGCUGCUGCAGCUGGCAGCAUGUCGCAUGAUGAAGGAAGGUCUGACCCAGGUCAUUAUCAACAACGAGGGAACCCACUACAUCGUCACGGAGCUGGACGACUGCACCUUACAGGUGGAGGAAGGCGUGUAUGAAGAGGCGGCUGCCGAGGACGCGGCAGAAUAUCAGGAAGAUCAGCAGGUUGAAGACCCACAGCAGAUGGACCCUAACUGAACCAGGGACAUUUUCUUUUUUCUAGCUUUUCAUUUCAGGUGUCAAUCAGAAAUGUUUUGUCUUCAACUCCCGUGGGAUAUCGACUAUAAGGCCAUCAUGUCAAGAAAAAUGUGGAGUGAACACACAAACCUGAACGCAACAUUCUAAACACAGCAGCUACAUCCUCUGUCUCUGUAGAUACCCAGCAUUACAUAAUUGGCCACUAACAUUUUCACAAUCACACUGAACCCCCCGGACCCCGAAAGAGACCAUGGACGGAUGGCCACUUAACCAUUCUUAGUGACGAUGGAUGUUGUUGUGUUUGACAAUAAUAUACAGAAGGUAUCGCUGCUUGUAAGACCAUAACUUUAUUUUUGAUGACAUUACUGCUUUAUUUCCCUAAUAUAAUUGUUUGCAUUAUUUUCAGUGUAGCCCUACUACUCCUCGCUACUGUGCACGGAAGAAAGGAGGACUUUGUGUAUAGGAAGAUCAUUUAAAAUCAUUUAAUGCCACCAAAACCAGGCUUAAUUCAUGCAAAAAUGAUUUUGGAAUUAGUAUAAAAAUGUGUAAUUCUUCAUGAAUAAGAUACUGUAUACCGUAUUUCCUUGAAUAGCCGCUGGGCAUGUAAUAUAAGCCUGCCUUGAAUUACUGCCGGGUCAAACUCGCUCCCCAAAUUUAUUAGCACAUGCUUACUUUUACCGCCGGGUCAAAGUCAUGACGUCACGAGUGACGCUUCCCCUGUCGUCAUUUCCAAAAUGGCAAAGUCUUUUUUUUUACUUUUACUAUGUGUAAACCUGGGGUCUUGUUCCACAGCCAUACAGAUCACACUGAUGGUUGUGAUAUAAAACAACUUGUCUUCAACACUCUUACUAAUAUGCGCCACACUCUGUGAACCCACACCAAACACAUUUCUGGAGAACAUUGGCUCUGUAACACAUUAUAAACGCAACAUAAGAAUUACCCAGAAUUCCAAUGCAUCCAUGACUCUUGGCUAUAUUAUACACCCCGCUAGCACCAAACCCCGAUCCCUCCCCCUCUCCGUGCGUCGGUUGAGGUGGGCGGGGUUGGUCGACGCUUGUAUAAUAUAGCCAAGAGUCAUGAAUGCAUUGUAAUUCUGGGUAAUUUUUAUGUUGCGUUUAUAAUGUGUUACAGAGCCAAUGUUUUCCAGAAAUGUGUUUGGUAUGGGUUCACAGAGUCUGGCGCAUAUUAGUAAGAGUGUUAAAGUCGUUUAUAUCACAACCAUCAGUGUAAGAGGUAUGGCUGUCGACCAAGUAUGCAUUGCAAUCUCGUAUGAGAAGCAGGGAUAUGCGUGCGUCCGACCGGCACGCAGAUAGCAUGGUGUAAAGGUGGGCGCGAUGACAUGUUGUAGAGCAGUGGUCCCCAACCACCGGGCUGCGGCCACAUAAUUUUUUAUUAAUUUUUUUUUUUUUUUUUUUUUUUUUUUUUUUAUCACACUCAAUUUUUUACUGCAUGCCAUUGGUAAGCGCAGGGGUGAGAAGAGGUUUUAAAAUUAUUAGAGCCUGCUUACUUUUACCGCAUGCCUUGAAUAAGCGCAGGAGUGAGAAGAGGUUUUAAAUUAAUUAGCGCCCCGGCGGCUAUUCAAGGAAAUACGGUACAUCAAUAUUUUUUUGUGUUUUUUUUCUUUAAUUUUACUUCAAGCUUUCUUUCCUUUAUUCUCGGCUUGUUAUUAGCAUAUGAUUGGGCACCAAGCACUGUUUUGCAUAGGAGACAAACCUCGCCGUCGGCGUACGCAUCGCUAACGCUACAUUAUGCAAGCUGUUAGGAGGCUCUUUGGUUAUUUGUGCGCUCGCCGCGUUAUAAAUCGCCUUUCAUUUCUUACAAUAAACACUGAAGCCAGUUUUAACAA